AUGGCGGCCAACUACUGGGAUUCUACCCAGGCCAAAUUUUGGACCUUCACCAAAGCAGAACUGGUUGACCUGCGGAAAAAUCUGGACAAGGCCAACCAGCAGCUAUACAACAAGUAUCCGCUGCCAGAUCGUCGGCUUAUGAGCAUAUACUUCCAGCAACAGCUCACGAAACUUGGACGUCGAAUGAGCCUACGACAGCAAGCGCUGGCAACUGCUCAAGUGUACAUCAAGCGCUUCUACUUGCGAGUUGAGAUGCGCAAGACCAACCCCUAUCUGAUCAUGGCAACCGCCGUCUACCUGGCCUGCAAGAUGGAAGAAUGCCCCCAGCACAUCAGGCUGAUGCUCGGCGAGGCAGCACGCCAGUGGCCUGAACUUGGAGUCUCCGAAAGCAGCAAGAUAGGAGAGUGCGAGUUUGCGCUGAUCUCUCAACUCUCCUCUCGGCUGAUCUGUCACCACCCCUAUCGAUCUCUCACGGAGCUGUCACCUAUAUUCGGCCUCAGCAACGAAGAGACGCAAUUGGCACACUCCAUCAUCAACGACAGCUACAACACCGAUCUCAUCCUCCUCUGCCCGCCGCACGUGCUUGCCAUUGUCGCCGUCUUCCUCGCUGUCGUUCUUCGACCAGCAGGGCAGCCGGCAGGCUUACAACCGCAUUCCACGCACGCCUCAGCAACCCAGCAAUCGCCCACACAAGCAUCUCCAACAUCGGCGUCUACUCCCGGCUUGUCGCCCACGGUCAGUCCAAGCGCAGCGCAACAAGCUGUUCUGGGAGGCUUCAGCGGCCUCAAGCAGGCCGGACCGAAGCUCAGUAAACUUGUAGACUGGCUUGCGGAGAGCAAAGUCGACAUGAACGCCAUUGUCGAUGCAACUCAGGAGAUGGUCAGCCUGUACGAUGUCUGGGAGAGCUACAGUGAGAGGGCGUGCAAAGAAGGCAUCACGAAGUUCGUCAAAGAUGGAGGCACCGCAGGAAGCUCUGGAGUAGGCCCGAAGUAG